CUAUCGAACCCUUGACACCACAUUGUAGUAGAAGUAACGGCCGACCCCAGCGCGUAUAAGACCAUGUUCCCAGGGUCCUCUUCGGAUGUCGAGAGUUCUCCUGAUCACCUCUGAGCUGGACGGGCGUCUUCCCUUCCAAAACAGUCACAGUUUUUCCGUUCGCCCGCACAUACACGGUAUCCGGUAUCCUCCUUCCCCACACUAUUUCCGCUGAGGCAGUGAAAACCAGAAGGUGCGGGGGAGCGGGCGGAUAAACUACUCACAGCCUACCGAUACUCGACGACUUUCACCACCGGUACUGCGAGCCACAGUAGAGCGAAAGGUGGAACAAGUUUAGGUUAGUUGGGGUGGUUUGGUCUGUCUACUCGUACGAGUACUCCUAGUGUGGUACCGAUACCCUAUCGGUAUCCGGCCUGCAAUACUGGUGCAUUCGCACAUGCGUGUAUUUGGUGUCCUGGUGGGAAGAGAGCAACAGGGGAGCUGAGAAAGGACGAGAGGGAAAGGAUCGGUGGCGUGUGUGUGUGUCUGUCGGAUAAGGGUGGUUAGAAGAGGUGGGCAGAUAUCAUAGAUAGGUGGGCGUACAAGUACGAAGGAAUCCCGGCUCCGGUUCCAUUACCGGUACGAGUAAUCCCAACGGUUGUCGCAUAGCAUUUCCUGCUCGGAUCCCUAGUUCGCACGUGCAUUAUUCCAUCGACAGGUUUGUUCAACCAGCAAGCCCUCAAGCAAGGAGGCCCAGCCAGCACCCCACCCUCCAACUUUGGUCACCCAUCCAUUUCAAGCACAGCACCGGCUACGGCACUCUACGAAUAGUACUCGUGCUCCUUGUUCUAGCAACCCAAACCCCAAGCUCCGUCUUUGUCCUUGGUCUUCACAUGUGCUGCUGCCAAACUGCCUCCCCCCACGUCCUUACUCAGUCCUAUCCACAAUCAUUGUUUUGUCGUCUUGCCCCUACAACACCUCUGCCUCGCAACACUCCUCUCUCCAUCCCCUCCACACAGCCUUAGCCGUUCUGCUACUACCUACAUUUUUUCUUUUCUUACGUGCUUCUUUAAUACUCGCAAGCUUUCUCCCUCCACCAUCACCCCCUCCACGAUAGUUGCAAAAAAAAAACCCCUCCAUUCACCAUUCCUUAGCCGGUAGCAGAGCCGCCCAUCAUGUGGAAACCAACGCAGGCCUUGAUGGACACCAUCACUCAUUAUAGCCAGUUUCCUGCUACUGGUGUGAGUUUGCGACAGAUGGUGCAAUUCGGACGGAAUCCAUCCGCUGGAACACUAUUUAAGGCCUCACAAUUUUUGAUGAGAUGCCCUCCAUUCAGAAAGUUGCCAAUUGGUAUAUGCAGUCAUUUGAGGAGAUCACUAGCCUUCCGAAACCCGUCCUUUCCCGAGAAAUACGUGAAAAAAACCGGUCUCGCCAACCCUGAUAUCGAACCCGCAGCUUACCGAAGUCCACCGUGGCUAAUUGCCACCAAUACUACUGGCAGUGUAAGGAAGGCGCAAAGGCGAUACUAUGCUACAGUUGACGACGGAGUGAGGUGGCCGCCAGAAAUUGUCGACUAUAAUAAGCGUUUCACUAAAAUUUUACAAAACAUUAAGCAUCGCCAUGAUCCCGUUGUUACAACCAUGGCGAUGGGAAUCAACGAGUACAAGCGGAAACGGCAACGGAUGCAGAUCGACAACUCAAUCCAAUCAUUCCUGGACCGUUUUUACAUGUCUCGGAUAGGGAUUCGCAUGCUCAUUGGCCAGCACGUCGCACUCAAUUCCGCUCCUGAGCAAGAGGACUACGUGGGAAUUAUUUGCACAAAAACCAAUGUUCGCGAACUCGCACAGGAGGCUAUCGAGAAUGCCCGCUUUGUCUGCGAGGAUUAUUACGGACUGUUUGACGCUCCCAAAGUGCAGUUGGUUUGCAAGUCUGAUCUGCACUUUAUGUACGUCCCGGGACAUCUGAGUCACAUGCUAUUCGAAACUUUGAAAAACUCACUCAGAGCCGUUGUGGAGACACACGGAAGUGACGCUGAGGAAUUCCCGCCGGUCAAACUGAUUGUUACGGAAGGCAAGGAGGACAUCACUAUCAAAAUAUCCGAUGAAGGAGGUGGGGUCCCGAGGAGCGCCAUACCCUUGGUCUGGACAUAUAUGUACACAACCGUAGAAUCGACCCCGCCGAUCGACCCAGACUUCAACAAGAGCGACUUCAAGGCACCCAUGGCUGGUUUCGGCUAUGGAUUACCAAUAUCAAGGUUGUAUGCAAGAUACUUUGGUGGAGAUCUGAAGUUAAUAAGCAUGGAAGGGUACGGAACAGACGUAUAUCUCCACCUAAACAGACUAAGCAGUUCCUCAGAACCCCUCCAGUAAAUUUACCAAACGGAACCACACAAAACGGGCGAUAGCAUGAUAGCGGCGUAUGGGAAGUUUUUCUUUUCUUUUCUUUGCUUUCUCUUUACAAUUCUUUGCAUUUUUGCUUGCAUGAUCUGCAUGAUCCAUAUUUCAUUCUGGGGGCUUUCUUCUCUUCUCCUUCAUUUUACAUCUCGCUUUCUGGCUCGCUUUAGUCAAUUGAUCGAUCACAUUUUUCACCUUUUUAAAUUUUCUGGGCUGGGUGGCGACGGCAUUCACGGGCGCUGCACAAAGCAGGUAAUCGUAAAGGGGGGUAGGGAAUGUACGGUAGUAGUAGCAGUAGUUCACAUUUCAUCAUUUCCGAAGAUUCAUGAAACUAUGGUUACGGUGGUGGGGUGUAUUGGGUGGAUAGUUGGCAAUUGUUACGGUUUUAAAAUAAUGGGCAUUGUUGCUUUCUCUUUG